AUGAUGAACAAGUACAUUUUAUAUGGCCUCAGUGGGUCCUUGAGCGGAUGGGUGUUAAGAGAUCUAGUAAUUUGUUUUUCAAAUACUCUGAACCUGUCAAACGGAUUACUGUUAAAUAAAUUUGUUUGCAGUAAAGAUGAUUUUUUAAAAAGCAUUUUUAAUGAACUGAAGUAUUGUUUCGAUUCCUUGGAAUUAAAAAAUGGAUUUAAUAAUUACCAUAUUUAUUCAAAAGAAAAUGACUAUUUUGUAGAGACCUUAUAUAUUGAAAAGUGGAAUAAUAUAAAACAUAUGAAUGACUAUAUUUAUAGUGAGGAAAAUAAAAAAAAAUUACAUUACUUAAAAAAAAUGAAUAUAUUUUUCUCCCCUUCAUUAUUUGUUUUGCUAAAACAAUAUCCAGGGAAUGACACACCUACAUAUUUAAAGAGCUACUUGUUGUAA